AUGCGCCCAUCCACACCACCCAGCCCCAUCCACCACACCAUGCCCCAUCCACCACCAGUGCCCAUCCACACACCAGUCUCAUCCACUACACCAGUGCCCAUCCACAACAUUGCUCCACCACCACCACCACACACAGUGCCCAUCCACACGCCCCAUCCACCAUCCACCCACCAGUGCCCCAUCCACACACCAGUGCCCAUCCAUCCCCCAUCACACCAGUGGCCACACCAGUGCCCCAUCCACCACAUCAGUGCCCCAUCCACCUACACCAGUGCCUCAUCCACUACACCAGUGCCCAUUCCACCACAUCCCCCAUUUGCCCCAUCACACAGUGCCCCAUCCACUACACCAGUGCCCCAUCACCACACCAUGCCCAUCCACCACACCAGCCCAUCCACCACCCAGUGCCCCAUCACCACACCCGCCCCAUCACCCACACCAGUUGCCCCAUCCACCACACCAGUGCCCAUCCCCACACCAGUGCCCAUCCACUACACCAGUGCCAUCCACCACACAGUGAUCCACCACACCAGUGCCCAUCCACCUACACAGUGCCCCAUCCACCAACACCAACACCGUGGCUCUUCUGGAGGAGGUGAUCCCGAAGUCACCGCAGGAAUUGCCUUCCCCUCGUCGCUCUUCAACUCGCAACCAACGAGAUGUUACAAUCCUGAGCAGAUGCUAGGAGCCCCAUUAUUGUCACGCUAA